ACCAUUCAGGUCAGGUUUCACCAUGAAAGGAGUUGUCUUUGUUUUGUUUUAAAUCUCUCCAAUGUGUGGUAUCUUGUGACUUUAAUUUCACUGAUUGAGGAGUAAAUGGCUUUGGCCUGUGUGUGUAAAGGAGACAAGGCUGCAUCAAGCUCAGUGCCCCAUUGCUUUGUGCAGCAUUCUCCUCAGCCACUGUCAGUGAGAAGCUUGGCUCUGUGACUUCCCUAACCCUGUCCUUAACCCUAACCUUGACCCAAACUUUAACUCAAUUCCUAACCCUAUCCCUACUUGGGCCCUAAUCCUAAACCUAUCCCUAGUCCUGACUCUGACCCUCUCACAGGAGGGUAACAGGUGUUUCAGAGCUGGUGUGAGGAAUAACAGCAUCAGGAGCAGGAGGACAGCACUGGCCAUGCAUCCAUAACCACUAAACACCCUCUCAAAGUCAGUGCUGAGCUGAGGUUUCAGCUAUUCUCCCAACCAGAAGUCUGGCACCAAGGGUCUCCUUUAGCAUGGCAGCUUAAUCAGGUCGAGCCGGUAGUCCCAAGAAAGUUCUGAUUCUGAGGAGAUGGCCGCUCGCCCAGCUGAGAAUUUCACCACUGACUCCGAGCAAGCUCCAGACGGGGACACUCCAGGAAACCAGCCAUUGGCAGAGGAGACUCCAAUCUCUCCUUCGCCAAACAACCAGAAUUCUGCCGCCCAGGAGCUGGUGAACGCGGAUCCAGGGAUCCAGGAUGAUCCAGGCAGCCAGGUUCCGUCCGGGAAGGAGCAGCUCAAUGAAGUGACGCCUCCUGAGGAGGUUAUUGUUUUGAACACUGUUCCUGCAGACCAGGAUCUUAAAAAACCAAAUGGUUUGUAUUUACAAGAUGGAAAACGUCAUGUGGAUUAUGUGCUGGUGUAUCAGUAUAAGAAAGCCAACCGCAAGGGGCUCAGCUCCCGCCAGCAGAGUACAGUUGGUGGCUCUCAGCAGGAUCAGACUGAGCCUCCUCUCCAGCCCUCCGAGUUUCCGGAUGAUGACCGGAAAAUGCGCAGAGAAGAGUUUGAACUAAACCUUAUUGAAUCUGGAUUGGAACUGGAAAGUGAUGAAGAGAAUGAUCUCAGCUGUGAGGCCAGUCCAGUAAUGAAAAGAGCUAAUAGCUCUGAAUCCAUGCAGCAGGAUUUGAAUGGUGAUCCACAACUGACAAAAGCUUAUGGUCUUGGAUUUGUGAAGAUACAUGCACCAUGGCAUGUGCUUUGCAGAGAAGCUGAGUUCCUUAAGAUUAAGAUGCCAACUAAAAAGGUCUAUGAAGUAAAGGAGAAAACUGGGAUCCUUCUGAAGCUUUCUAGCGUUGUGCAUAAGAUGACUUCACCAUUACGACCAAAAGUGGAUGAUCAAAGUGACGAUGUAUUUAAGCACCUUUCUUACCCCUUCUCCAGAGAGAAAAAACACUUAUUUGACCUUUCAGAUAAGGAUAACUUUUUCAGCAGUACAACAAGAAGCACAAUUGUUUAUGAAAUUUUAAAAAGAACAACUUGCACCAGGGCAAAAUACAGCAUGGGGAUCACUAGUCUGAUUGCCAGUGGAGUUUACACUGCAGCCUACCCUUUGCAUGAUGGUCAUUAUGUUGGUGAUUCGACCGAGCAAAAUGAUAGGAAGCUCCUCUAUAAAGAAUGGGCUAGUUAUGGAAUAUUUUACAAAUUCCAGCCACUUGAUCUCGUUAGGAAGUACUUUGGUGAGAAGAUUGCCUUCUACUUUGCCUGGCUUGGAGUCUACACACAGUUACUGAUCCCAGCAUCCACUGUUGGGGUCAUUGUCUUCCUGUAUGGCUGUGCAACUGUUGAUUACAACAUUCCCAGCAUGGAGAUGUGUAAUGAACGUACCAACAUCACAAUGUGCCCUCUGUGUGACAAAACGUGCAGUUACUGGAAGCUGAGCUCAAUCUGCGCCACAGCCCGAGCGAGUCACCUGUUCGAUAAUCCUGCAACUGUUUUCUAUUCGAUUUUUAUGGCAUUGUGGGCUGCCAUGUUUAUGGAACACUGGAAAAGAUGCCAAAUGAGGCUCAUCUCCAAAUGGGAUCUGUCUGGGUUUGAAGAAGAUGAGGAACGAUUAAAGGAUCAUCCACGACCUGACUAUGAGGCCAAGGUUCUGAAUAAAGUUUUGAAGAAAGAACUCGAAAAGAAGGAAGAGAAGUCAUCGGAACCAGUCGAAGAACAGCCAAACAAAUGGAAAAACAGAGUUUGGUCUGCCAUGGCCGGGGUGAAAUUGACUGAAAAGGAGAAGCUGACUUGGAGGGAUCGCACCCCAGCUUACGUCACCAAUAUCGUCUCUGUUCUAUUUAUGAUUGGCCUGACUUUUGCGAUAGUCUUUGGAGUGAUCCUGUACAGAAUCUCCAUUGCAGCAGCUAUGGCUGUGAGCCCUGACCCUUAUGCCAGAAACAAUGUCAGGGUCAUUGUCACGGCUACUGCAGUUAUCAUCAAUUUGGUGGUUAUUCUCAUUUUGGAUGAAGUCUAUGGCUCCAUUGCCAGAUGGCUGACAGUAAUUGAGAUUCCCAAAACAGAUAAAAGUUUUGAAGAAAAACUAAUCUUUAAGGCUUUUCUGCUGAAGUUUGUGAAUGCCUACACUCCGAUCUUUUAUGUUGCAUUUUUCAAAGGCAGGUUCACAGGCCGCCCUGGAAAAUAUAUCUAUAUUUUUCGUAACAUGAGAAUGGAAGAGUGUGCACCAGGAGGCUGCUUGAUGGAACUCUGCAUUCAACUGAGCAUCAUCAUGCUGGGCAAACAACUGAUACAGAACAACCUGUUUGAAAUCGGAAUUCCGAAAUUGAAGAAGCUGAUCCGGUAUAUAAAGGCAAAAAGAGAAGCCAAAUUGGAAACUGAGAACAAUUGUAAGGCACCGCAGCAAUAUGAAAUCGACUACAAUCUGGAGCCAUUUGCUGGUCUGACUCCAGAGUAUAUGGAGAUGAUCAUCCAGUUUGGAUUUGUGACCCUCUUUGUGGCCUCCUUCCCACUUGCUCCAUUGUUUGCACUACUCAACAACGUCAUUGAAAUCCGACUGGAUGCUAAGAAAUUCACCAGCGAGCUCCGAAGACCUGAUGCAAUGAAAGCAAAGGAUAUUGGUAUCUGGUACAACAUUCUGAGAGGAAUUGGGAAGUUGGCUGUCAUCAUAAAUGCAUUUGUGAUCGCCUUCACCUCUGGCUUCAUCCCACGCCUCGUCUUCUUGUACUUGUACAGUCCUGACGGCACACUGCACGGGUUCACCAAUAACACGUUGUCCUAUUUCAAUGUCAGCCACUUCGAGCCAGGAUCAGAGCCUAUUGAUCCAGGGGCAGUUGGAUACAAGGUUGAGAUCUGCAGAUAUAAAGACUACAGGGAGCCUCCAUGGUCUUCUCAACCAUAUGAUCUGUCAAAGGAAUACUGGUCUGUGUUAGCAGCCAGACUGGCUUUUAUCAUCAUUUUCCAGAACCUCGUUAUGUUUAUGAGUGACUUUGUGGACUGGAUGAUCCCAGACAUUCCCAAGGAAAUCAGUGAGCGCAUGUCUAAAGAGAAGUCUUUAUUGGUGGAUCUCUUCCUGAAAGAAGAGCAGACCAAACAGCACAUAGUGGAGGUCCUCUCUUCCCAAGAGAAGGAGAGGAAAGACGAAGACCUUGAUGAAAACCCCAACGAGAAUGAUGCCGAGCCACUUGAAAACUGCACUGAAGAUGCAGAUGCUUCCCACUGCAAGUUCAAUAAUGCAGGACCGGAAGUUAUAUAGAAACUGCUUUAAAGUAAACCUGUGUUUCUUUAGUUGGGGCAUUCCAUGAAAUGGCAAGGUGUCACUCAAUAAGGAGCAGCAAAUCCCUGAUCUGUGCUAACAGCUCCCGAGGUGAACAGUUCUGUUUUGCUGCUCGUGUUGCCAUUUUGAAAAUGUUGAUGCAAGAACUACUUCCUUUUACAGAUGUGGUGGACCAUGAUUUGACUCUUUAAAAAUAGUUUAUAUUUUUACACCAUGCAAGGCAGGGAUUGUCAUUACUUUGUAUUCCACAGGAAGGCUUUUCCAGAUAUUUUCCAUCUCCGAAGUAACAGUACAAACAAGCCUGAUCAUUAGCUUAAAAAUAAUUCACGGCAAUGGUGACAAGUUUCCUUUUCAGAUUGCUUUCUUGCCAUAACUAUAAUAUACUGUCUUUUUAUUCGAGAUACUUCUGGUUUAAUUGGGAAUUGAGUCUCCAUUUUUGUUUCCUUAACUGUUUGGGUAAAGGCAGAUUUCACCCCGCUGCCCAAAGUUUAAAGUGAUUCGUUUUCACGGCAAACCAAAGUUGCCGUGUUCUGCACAGAGUGCCUCGUUUCAUUUUGAGGGAAGUAAAUGUGGGAAAUGUAAUAGUUAAUCGGGAACUUGUAAACAAUUGGUGUGAUUUGAGUGUUAUGUGAAUCCAAAAGCAGCCUGGCACUUCCUAUUCAGUGCACCUUACCCUCUUGAUAGUUGAUCAUUCAUCGUAAUCAAUGGAAAAUCCUGGAAUAGCUUCCACAGCAAAUUGGUUCUAUCCAUAUGAGCGCCUUAGGGAGCAUUUAGAAGCAGCCUCACACUAACUAAUGUUACAGAGGAGCCAGCUAACUUAAUGGCAGUGCCACCAAUGCCUGGAUGUUUUAUAAGUACCAUUUCCUUCCUGUGGUAAUGAAACCAAGUUUGCCGUCUGAUUUUGUUUUCACAAUGGGGCCUUAGUGGGAGAAUUCAAUGAUAUAGUUAUCUUCAACUCAUGCACCUUUAACUUUUAGCAAAGACUGCAGGACCCUGAAUGACGCACAAACCAUUUACUAGCUUGAGUAGAUAGGUUAUUAGCAUUCAAUAAUAUGAUUGGCUGAAUAAAGGGGAUUAAUUCCUGGUGGAGUCCCAAAUUCUACGAAUUGUUUCUGAAACUAAUAGUGGGGACACGUUUUAGGAUCCCAUUUCAAACUGAGAAAUAAUUACAUUCAGUAAACUUUCUGGAUGUUGAUAUUUUGAUACAGGAAACUAAAUUGUUUAGAGGAAAAGACUAUCCUGUCAUCCUUUUAUCCUUCUAUCUCUGUUUCUAUCUCUCCUUUUUUGCCUUUUCUCCCUCCCUUCCUCAUUCUUCACCAUGUUUCCCCCCCCUUCCAAAAUCCCACAUUCUGUCCGCUCCUGCCCAUCAACCCGCACCCUACCCCCUCCACCAAUAAAGCUGACUAUAGUUACAAUUAUUUUCUUAAAUGGAUCUAAUGCUAACUGUGUGAGAUGGUGCCAUUGACAGUGCUGUUACCUUCCAGCCACCCUAGCUCCUACAACUGGAAGGUAAAGCUGUAGGCUCCGAGUUGGUUCAGUAUAAUUUUGGAUUUCAUCAAAGCUAUUUUAUUAUCAAUGGUCAAAAUCGACACAUUUCAUGUUUCGAUUUUGAAAAUUAGCAACUUUUAAAGAAUGUGCACUUUAGUGUUUUUAACUUUUUUGAAUUGGGUUAUAACUAAAAUUAUCAUUUCAGCAGAACAUUGUCCAUUUUUAUGAGGGUGAUUUUCACUUUGUAGAGGGUUAACCUGUGACACUGUACCUCAGCUGUAUACAACAUCCUUCACUGAUUGCAUUCAGAGUAACCUCUCAGUGGUGUCAUCAGUAUAGGUUGUAGAUAUUACUUUCCCAUAAUUUGCAUUUCAAAGCAUAUUUAUCUUUUGUGUAUUUUUACAGUUUGUGAAGAAAUUCUUUAAUUUAUGUCUGUGUUCCAACUCUCGCAUAAUUUCUAAAUGCUCUUUAAAACAAACAAUAUUGUUUAAAUUUUCCAAUUGUAAGUUCUGGUGAUGCAACUGCACAGAGUUCCCUCUGUCAGCCACUACUGAAAUAAAAUGACUAGCUAGUAAUGCUUAAUACAUACACUUCCACCCAGAUAACUGAUGUCUUGAAAUUAAAAAAAUCUUAGUUUAAAUGAAUGCUCAGUUAGGCUUUCCCUAACAUUUAUCUUGUGUUCAUGAUGAGCCUGUAAAAGGCAGUCCAUUAUGAACCGUAAUUGUUUUUACACAAAGUACAUUAGGCUAGUACAGACCUAGAAACGUGGUAAAUAACUCACUGGGAAAUGCUUUUUCCCUCUAAUCUGAGAGAAUGUACAAAUCUUGUACCUUAAACCAAAGUCACUAAUUAAGAUUGCAUCACCCAACCGAAAAUUAAACAUGCUCUAUGUCAAUGUAAAAUUCAGCAUUCAAAAUAACAAAUUCAAAAUUCAAUAAACAACAACAUCUCUUUUAGAAAAGAUAAAUCAUUCACUUUAAAUUGUAUCUUGAUUUGUGUUGAUUAAAGUAGAAAUUCAUAGAAAGUAAUCUGCCAAUAAGACAUGAACUGGACUGUGAGCAGUAUGAUCUAUUUGCAUUGAGUAAGGGAUGUUACAAACAGCAUUGCUAUUCUUCAUACUUUGAACAGUUUGAAGGACUGUUUGCAAAUAAAGUUGAAAAUUUGAUGCUUUACAUAGAUUCACAUUCUCCUUUUGUGAGAUUCUGAAGCAUGUUAUUUUAAGUGGGGAUUCUACAAAGCUCUACUGAGUAUUGUAGAAGGGGAGAUCAUUUUGGGAUGCUGAUACACUUCUGAUGUAGGCUGUAGAUUCAGAUUUCCACUCUGCUGGAGAAUAUUUCUUUGCAAACUGUUUUAUAAUUUGUAAAAUAAAGAACUGAGACCAGAGAUCCCUUCCUUUAUCAUGUUCUGAAAUUGACAUUGCUGCCAUUCUAUUUUGUUUUAACAUAUUUCUCUCCAUUAUCAAAACACACUAGGCCAUGGUAUGUUGAAAUGUAUGCCUUUCACGUUUUGCUUUAAAACCACUUUACUCUUUUGGAAGAAAAUUUAUUUAGGUCAUUCUUCACUGUCCACAAUAGACUUUUGAGAAGAAAGUCUUGCCAUUUUUUUUUUCAAAAAAGAAACGACAUCAUUUGUGUGCAAAGAUUUUGUUUCCCGUUUAUCUGAGAGCGUUGGCUGAAUCACAUGUAAAAGCACAUUGAAAAUUGUGGAAAUGCAGGGAACCAGAUAACAGCUUAGAAUUCUGAAAACUCUUAAGUCUCAGCCUGUUAAAAUAUUUUUGUAUAAAACUAUUCAUUAUCCUGAAAAGUUUAACAAAGUACUCAUUUGCAGCUUUCCUGUGAUUCUAAGUUUGAUAAUUUGUUGAAAUACUAUCCUGUUAAUGAAGCACAAAUGUACAUCAAUUCGCUCCUUCGAAAUGGGUCCUUGGCAAUAUAUUGCUGUUCAAUUUGUCAUCGUGUCCCCCGUUCUCUCCUUCCUUAAUCAGUGUAUUAAUGAUGUAACCUAUUCUAUUGUAAGGAAGUUUGCAUAUGAGCAACUAUUUCCUAAUCCUGAUCUAUACUGUUUGACAGGACUCCAAUGUAAUGGUACUUUAAUGACUUUGACAUAAUUUUAUCUUUAUACAACUAUGCAAAAUAAUAUGAAUAAUGAAUAUAUGCCGGAACAAAUAAAGUUCAGUUUUAGGGUUUUUAUUUGAA